AUGGUUCCACAGGAGCUCAUCCUCUCCGCCUGCUCGACGGCACAGGCAUCGUCAUCGUCUACAAACAAGGCUAGCUCCUCUGCUCCUGCCAUUCAGCUGCACGACCUCACUACCUCGGCACACGUUCAGUCGUUCAAGACCUCGAGCAACACUGCGCACUCGCUUGCCCUCACAUAUAGCCAUGACGGUGUUGGUGGAACUGUGUGGGCUGUUCAAGAAGGCAAGGCGAUUGUAGGAAUCUGGGCCUGGCAAAAGCAACACCUGAAGCUCCACCUGCCCGAAAAGCUGUCUUGCCUCGCGAUCUCACCCAACGGUGUUUGGGCUGCUGGAGGUUCUCCAAAUGGACAGAUUUACCUGUGGGAAAUUGCUUCUGGUCUCAUGCUUGCCUCUUGGAAUGCCCAUUACCGCGCUGUUAGUUCUCUGUCAUUUACCGGCGAUUCGACCCUUCUCCUGUCAUCGUCGCCAGAUGCGGCCGUGCACGUCUUCAUGGUGGCUCGCCUUCUCGAUGAUGACUCGUCCACGCCUUACGGUAAGCCUUACGGGUCCCUUACCGACCACACAUUGGCCAUUUCGUCCCUGGCGUUGGGCAAGACAACUGGGAGUAGUGGUGGAAGGUGUUGGACUGCGGCGGAGGAUGGGACUGUCAAGAUGUGGUCACUGAAUGCCCCGUUUGACCUUUUGGCGACGUUUGUCCUUCCUCCUGGCACUAUUCCGUCAGCGCUUGCGGUCGACCCCGCCGAGCGAUUCCUGUACGUCGGCUCAACAGCCGGCAACGUCUACCACAUCCCGCUUUUCAAGCGCAAGGCACAAAUUGGACAAGUGGAAGCUGUUGGCGGAGAAGGACUAGGUUCGGCAGCCAUCAAGUCUGAAAUGGCUUGCAUUAGUGUGGAGUGA